AUGUUUACCAUUCACCGAGCACGACCAUAUUUCCAACUUUUUCCCGCUCCGAAGCCGGAGGAGGAUUACCCCCAAGCAGUCGACCCCGAAGAGCUCGAAGAUUAUGCUCGCAAGCUGUUCCAGUUCUCCGGGUACCAGAGUGAUGUAUCCGAAGACCACGUUGACAUCAUAAACAGUCCUUACAAUGAGCUCGACGUCGAUUUGUCUGGCAACUGGAACGAAGACAAGCUGAGCGCCACGUUCUUUUCCGGUGGAGACCUGGAGGGCGGGGAGUACGACUACCCAAGUGGCGUGGAUGACCACCGCGAACCGUAUACGCCUUGCUCCCGCGGGAGCGACGAGUUCAACCGCGGAGCAUUCUCGGGCAGCAGCCUAGAGAUCUGGGACAAGGAGCCCGAGGGUGGGUGGCAGGGAGCAUUCAGUCCGCGGGUUCGUCCCACCAACGCGCGCUACUUCGACGCCGACGAGCUGUAUGAAUGGAUCCCCAAUAGCAACUGCUCGGUCGAGGUACGAAGCGAUGCAGGCGGCGACGACGUCCAAAGCUUUCGAAGGCGGCCGUCGCUGUGUGCCGAGGAAGAUGCACGGGUGAGCGAAACAGGAGAGCGCGUUCGACGCGGCUCUCGGGAAGGCACCGAUCUUGCAGAACUCUUCUCGCCGCGCUUCGUCUUCUCCGGAACGCUGUCGCCCCCCGUGGAGUCGAGAUAUGGCGGUGGUCAUAGUGUUUUCCCGACGUUCUGGACCUAA